AUGGGCGUCAAGGAAUUCCUCAAAAGCCGUUCGGGCUUGCGUGUUGAUAAUCGCGCGACUACUUCCGCUGCAACUUUGACUCUGAGACAGAGUCUGUGGCCUUUGACUUUGGUUACGACCUUGUUCUUCUUAUGGGGUUUCGCAUAUGGUUUGCUGGAUACCCUCAACUCGCAUUUCCAGAAAACCCUACAUAUCGACCGAGGUCGCUCAGCUGGUCUUCAAGCAGCUUACUUCGGCGCAUACCCGCUAGCCUCCCUCGGCUACGCAAACUGGAUCCUCCGCAACUUCGGCUAUAAAACCGUCUUCAUCUUCGGUCUUUGUCUAUACGGCGUCGGAGCCCUAUGUAUGUGGCCCGCAGGACUAAACCAAUCCUUCGGCGGCUUCUGCGGUGCUACAUUUGUUAUUGGAUCAGGACUGGGAUCUCUCGAGACAGCAGCUAAUCCCUACUUAACCGUCUGCGGUCCGCCCCGCUACUCAGAAAUCAGAAUCAACUUCGCCCAGGCCUUCAAUGCUAUCGGCACAGUCGUCGGCCCGGUGCUGGGAUCUUAUGUCUUCUUCACAGAGACAGAAGAUGACGUAUCUGCCCUGCAGCGCGUGCAAUGGGUCUAUCUCGCCAUCGGGAUUUUCGUCUUCUUGCUAGCCGGCGUCUUCUUCCUAUCCAAUAUCCCUGAAGUCACAGACGAGGAUAUGGCAUUCCAGGUCGCACAGACGCAUGUCGAUGAGCAGGACAAACCUUUCUGGAAACAGUACAAGUUGUUCCAUGCGACGCUGGCACAGUUCACGUAUACAGGCGCACAGGUCGCUAUCGCCGGCUACUUCAUCAACUAUGUUAAGGAUACAUGGCCCGGUACACCGAAUGCCACAGCAGCGAAGUAUCUCGCCGGUGCGCAGGGCGCAUUCGCCGUCGGUCGAUUCCUCGGCUCGGGAAUUAUGAAAUUUGUGCGUGCGCGCUGGGUCUUCCUGGUUUACUUGUCGUGCACGGUUGCUUUCCUUGCUGCGUCGGUGAGGCAGAAGAAAGAGGUUGGUGUUGCCAUGCUUUUCUUGACGCUGUUCUUUGAAUCUGUGUGUUUCCCGACGAUUAUGGCGCUGGGAAUCCGUGGUCUCGGACGUCAUUAUAAGCGCGGCUCGGGGUUUAUUGUCGGUGGUGUUUGUGGUGGCGCUGUCGUGCCACCGAUCCUCGGGCACGUUGCUGAUAUGCGGAAUAAUACGGGAUUCGCGUUUAUUGUUCCGACUAUGUUCAUGGUCGUCGCAUGGACGUAUGCUGUGGCGGUGAACUUUGUUCCGUCGUAUACAAAUACCGUCGAUAAGGUCGGUGAAAGUGAUAUUGGUAUUGGUAGUCGGGAGACCAAAGACGAGGAGGCUUUGAGCUCUCAUGCUAUUGAUGAGACUGUUGACGAGAAGCACCAAGCUGUUCAUGUGGAGCGGGGGAUGGGUGUAAUUUGA